AUAAUCGGUGACCUUCAUGGUGACAACAAACUCCGACAAGUAUAAGAAGAUUCCUCAGAACCACAUUAGAGGAUCCAUCGUUGAGAUAGUAUACCUUCAUUUAAGCAUGUCGUGAGUUCUACCAAUCAACUUCGAGCUGCUUGAUAAUACAUACAAAAUUCGUCACCCUGCAGGCAACAGAAUCGGCGAGCCGAGGAAGGAAGAUAUACGCGAAGCUUUCACAGAGACGUAUAUGUAUAUGUACUCCCUACUCGACCUCAUAAAGCGUCUUUGUGCCAGAGAAGCAAUCCGCAAACCCAAGAUGGAAUUCAAACCCACCCACGCCACAGUCGAAAACGAAGGCUGCAACCUACACUACUACUUUUACGGCACUGGCCCUCUCAUAACCUUCAUACCAGGGGGCAACGGUCACGGCUUGCAGUACAAUGCCAUCAUGGAGCUCAUGUCACCAACCUUCACUUGCGUGACGUUCGACCGCCGCCAAAUGUCCAACAGCCAAGUCGAAAAGAGCAAGCCACUCAGCCACCCCCAGCAAGCUCGCGAUGUCGCAGCCAUCAUCAAAGCUAUGGGCUUCUCCAAAUCCAUCAUUUUCGGCAGCAGUCUCGGGGGCGUCAUCGCUUUUCAAUUUGGUAUCGACUUUCCUGACAUGGUCGACCGCAUCGUUUGCCACGAGGCGCCAACAUCAUCCCUUCUCCCGAACUCGACUGAGGUAUACAACAAGCUAUAUACUUGCGAGCAGCUAUAUCGAACUGUUGGGAUCCAAGCCGCACAGCAGGAAUUUCGCAAGUUCUUCAUCGGAUACGAUGAUGUUGGUGUUCCUCCCACACGUUCAGAUCCCAGGAACGAGCCGAGCUUCUGGGAGUAUGAGUUUUGGACGGCGUCGAUCUAUACGCCUGACUUGAGGAAGUUGGUGAAGAAUGGGACGAGCAUUGCGGUUAUGGCAGGAGAGCGAAGUAAGGAUGCCUGGUUUAGUGUGGCGACCGAGGAGCAAGCUGCCAUUUUGGGCUGUGAGAGGGUUGUUGUUCCGGGACAUCAUCAGGGGUUUGAAGCUGAGACUGAGUUGUUUUUGCCUCCUUUCUUGAGUUUGUUGGAAAGGAUGGAGCUUGAGAAGAAGGAGAAGACAUUGGAGAAAUGAGAUGGUAUGGUCUGAAGAUAAUGUUUGAUGAAUUGCUUACCUGGAAUUGAUUUGACGUCCCACCCUGUCGGGUCUAUUACUUCCUUGCCCGUCUAUAUAGUCUCAAUUAAUGGAUCAGAAGCGAUCUGAGAUAAGAAAUUGGAAAAU